AUGGCCGUCGAAACCGAGAAGCAGCCAGGCACUCCACUCACAGGAGGCCCCUUGGAGAAGGCAGAGGCUGACAAUGCCUCCACCAAGGGUCCCGUCUCAGGGGAUAACACCGACACAGAGCGCGGCGCCACCAAAGAGACCACUUCAGAGCCGGUCCGCACCGUCACCGGCAUCCGCUGGAUCAUCGUCGUCUUCGCCAUCCUCUCCUCGACCUUCCUCUUCGCGCUUGAUAACACCGUCGUUGCGGACGUGCAGCCACAAAUCGUGCUGCAGUUCGAUGCCAUCACGGACAUUGCUUGGUUGGCCGUCGCCUUCAUCAUGGCGGCGACGUCAACGAACUUGCUCUUCGGCCAGCUGUACUCGCAUCUCAAGCCUAAGUGGCUGUACAUCGGGAGUGUCGUAGUGUUCGAGGUGGGCAGCGCGGUGUGUGGUGCGGCGCCGACGAUGAAUGCUCUCAUUGUUGGGCGCGCUCUGUGCGGUCUUGGUGGCGUGGGCAUGUAUCUCGGUGUGAUGACGUUGAUUGCGGCUACGACGACUAUCCAGGAGCGGCCUGCGUAUCUUGCGUCCAUUGGGUUGACCUGGGGUUUGGGAACUGUCUUGGGACCUGUUGUUGGUGGUGCAUUUGCCGACUCAGGGGCGACAUGGCGCUGGGCUUUCUACAUCAACCUUCCCAUUGGAGGUCUCGCCGCACCGGUGUACCUCUGGAUGCUUCCCUCUCCCGAUCCCCAGCCCGGCGCUUCCCUGUGGCAGCGCCUCAAGGAGAUUGACUGGGUUGGUGCUCCUCUCAUGCUUGGUGCCAUCAUUUGCUUCACGAUGGGCAUCAGCUUCGGUGGCGUCAUGUAUGAUUGGGACUCGGGCCAGGAGAUCGCCCUAUUCGUCGUCGCUGGCGUGCUUUUCAUCGUCUUCGGUCUUCAGCAAGCAUACUGCAUCGGUACCACUAAGGAACGUCGCCUCUUCCCCGUCGAGCUGAUCGUGUCAAGGAGGUACUACCGCACCAUCAUCCUCAUGUUCUCUAUCACCGCGUCCGGCGGCUGUGCCAUCUUCGUUCCGGUGUACUUCAUCCCCGUCUUCUUCCAGUUUACGCGCGGCGAUAGCGCGAUUGACGCUGCUGUGCGUCUGCUUCCAUUCAUCAUCCUCGCGGUCUUCGUCACGCUUCUCCAGGGCGGCGUACUGUCGCAUCCAUCUGGUGGGCUCUACUUCCCCUGGUUCACGGUCGGCGGAGCGAUUGUCGUCGCUGCGUCGUCGCUGAUGUAUGUUGUCGAGCCGAGUACAAGCACGGCCUGGGUAUACGGAGCUUCGGCCAUGCUCGGAGCCGGAGUCGGAACUUUCACCCAGGCGGGCUUCUCCAUUGCGCAAGCCAGCGUGCCGGAGGACAUGGCGGCCGUGGCGUCGUCAAUGAUGGCACUGGCCCAGACGAGCGGUAUCAACAUUGCCCUGGCAGUCGGCAAUGCUGUGUUCCUGAACAGGGCCGAGAAGCGGCUGACGGAGAUUCUUCCGGAUACCGUCCCGGAGGAGCAAAUCCAGCUUGCCAUUGCUGGCGUCGGAGGAGACUUUGUGCAGACAUUGCCUCCGGACAUGCAGGCUGAGAUUCUGGAUGCUAUCGUCGAAGCUCUGAACUUGCCGUACAUCUUGGUGAUCGUCGCUGGCGCGGUGGUUCUUGUGAGCAGCUUGCUCUGCAAGAGGGAACGCUUGUUCAUGAAGCCGGCGGGUGGUGGUGCUUGA